AUGGGGAUAGGAAGCAGGGACAGGGACAAGGAACUGCUCACUGGAGUGUUGGAUGACUGCUUGUGUGAUAUAGAAAGCAUUGAUAACUUCAACACUUACAAGAUCUUCCCUAAAAUACAGAAACUGCAAGAACGGGACUACUUCAGAUAUUACAAGGUCAAUCUUAAGAGACCAUGUCCAUUCUGGGCUGAUGAUGGCCACUGUUCUAUCAGAGAUUGUCAUGUAGAACCUUGUCCUGAGAGUAAAGUACCAGUUGGCAUUAAAGCUGGAAGUUCUAAUAAAUACUCAAAAAGAAUAAACAGCACCAAAGAAUUAGAAGACUGUGAACAAGCUAACAAACUGGGAGCAAUUAACAGUACUCUAAGUAACCAAAGUAAAGAGGCUUUCAUUGACUGGGCAAGAUAUGAUGAUUCACAGGACCAUUUUUGUGAACUUGAUGAUGAACGAUCUCCAGAUGCACAGUAUGUGGAUUUGCUGCUGAAUCCAGAACGUUACACUGGAUACAAAGGACCAUCUGCAUGGAGAGUGUGGAACAGCAUCUAUGAAGAAAACUGCUUCAAGCCUCGAUCUGUCUAUCGUCCUUUAAAUCCAUUGGCACCCAGCAGGGGGGAGGACGAAGGAGAAUCUUUCUACACAUGGCUAGAAGGUCUUUGUCUGGAGAAAAGAGUAUUCUAUAAGCUCAUUUCUGGACUUCAUGUUAGCAUCAAUUUACAUCUGUGUGCAAAUUAUCUUCUUGAAGAAACCUGGGGGAAGCCUCGUUGGGGACAUAAUGUCAAGGAAUUUAUUCAUCGCUUUGACCCUCUUGAAACAAAAGGAGAAGGACCAAGAAGGCUAAAGAAUUUAUAUUUCUUAUAUUUGAUUGAGCUGCGUGCUUUGUCAAAAGUUGCACCGUACUUUGAGCGUUCAGUUGUAGACCUUUACACUGGAAAUGUCCAAGAGGAUGCUGACUCUAAAACCCUCUUACUAGACAUCUUCAGAGAUACAAAAUCCUUUCCAAUGCACUUUGAUGAGAAGUCAAUGUUUGCAGGAGAUAAAAAAGGGGCCAAAUCUUUAAAGGAAGAAUUCAGAUUGCAUUUCAAAAAUAUAUCCCGCAUAAUGGAUUGUGUUGGAUGCGAUAAAUGUAGAUUAUGGGGCAAACUGCAGACUCAAGGUUUAGGAACUGCUCUCAAGAUUUUAUUCUCUGAAAAAGAGAUUCAGAACCUUCCUGAGAAUAGCCCAUCAAAAGGUUUUCAACUCACACGUCAAGAAAUAGUUGCUCUCGUAAAUGCAUUUGGAAGGCUUUCCACAAGUAUAAAAGAGUUGCAGAAUUUUAAACUUUUAUUACAACGUACUAGGUAAUGACGGUUUUUACACAUCCAAGUAGUGAUGACCAUUAAAUGACUGCAUCAAGCAAAAAGAAAUCAAUCCUUACAGGACUUGUGUGGAAAAUCGAUUUAACAAAAAUUAACAUUUCAGAUAUCAACUUGAAUAUUUAUGUUUAAAAUAGGAUUGGUUAUUAAUUAAAGAUAUUUAUGAAUGAAAUGUAUAGUUUUUAAACAUGUAAAUUAUGCUGAUCUCCUGUCUGUCAAGUUUGUCUCCAGUCAUUCUUCAGUUGCAUUGCCAUUUUAUAUAAAUUUUCUUUAUUUCACUGUUGUCUUUGAUUCAAGGAUAAUUGUUUGACAUUAAAUUACUAUCCCUGUAUCUUAACUGCAAUACUGAUGUGAACAAACUUGCACUGCUUCAAACAAAAAAAGUGUUUUUCCUUUUAAAUAUUGUCCAUCAGAAUAUUGUAAGGGAAAGGGAAUAGUCACUGCUUGAUUCUAACUGACAUAGAAGAAAAUCCCUUCUUUUAUUUUUUGUUUUUCUUCAGUUUUCACUUUAUUUCCUAUAUGGAAUAACUGUAAACAAUGGAAACUUAAUUAAUGGAAGCUUUAUUUUGUGCUUUGAGGUCCUUGGCACCUCGUUGAUGCCAACUGUUUUUCACCAUUAUCUUGUUUUUAAACUUUCUUGAUACUCACAUGCACACUCACACAUUGUCAUAACUGCCUUCUCACCGACAGAAUAAGGAUGAAAAUGAUUCCUCUAGAGCCUAAGGCCGGGUGUACCCUAACGGGCAAUGUCAAACUAAAGUACACAACUCCAGCUAUGUAAAUACCAUAGGUGUCGACAUACCAUAGUUCAACUUACAUCAGCAUCCCCACUGGAGGGGGUCAAUGGGAGAAUCUCUCUCGUUGACUUCCCUUACUUUUCUUGCUGCAGUGAAGUACUGGAGUCAAUGGGUGCACGAACAGCAGUUGAUUUAGUGGGUUUUUACUAGACUCACUAAGUCAACCCACAGGAGAUCGAUCCUCACAGCAGUAAGUGUAGACAAGGCCUAACUCUGCAACCUUGGUCUACCACAGGGGAUUGUUAAUGAAGCACUGCCUUCUUUGGUCAAACAUGCCCUCAGGCCUUCACAUUUUCGUCUCCUCCCAUAGAAUCCACAGGAUCAGACUUCAGGAAGUGUUUUUAGCAUUACAAAAAGUUAAAAUCGCACUUCUUUCUUUCUUGGGACAGCAGAAAUGCUUUAAGAAUGGAUAAAGCAUGGAUUGGAUUUAAAGGGGAUUGUUUGUUGAGCUAUAUGAAAAGUUCAGUGCAAAAAAAAACCAGCUUGUUUUGAUAAACUUUUAAAAUAUAUUUUAAGGCAAAACAUGUUGACAUUUAAUAUUUUAUCUAUGCAAUCCCUAACCAUAUCUUCUUCAAAAAUAUAUUCAAUGUAUUUAAUGAAACGGGUACAUUAUAAUGCAUCUUAUGUAAAUUGAUUGUUAAUUGCCUUCAUCAGGUUUCAGAAAGUACUACUGACCAAUAGCAACCAACAGUGGUUUACAUUUAAAACUGAAGUGAUAAAUAUAAAUAGUAUUUUUGUACAGCAUACUUAAGCUGUGGUAAAUGUAAUAUUUAAUGAGAUUGUCUGAGUGCAGUAUGAAUGUGCGUAAUGCUGGAACAAUAUAUAGAUAUGUCCAUUCCAUAUUUUACUUUUAAACUUAAAACAAUCUUCACGGAAUAAAUAAAAAGUGCUCUUAAA